ACGUCAGCGCCGUGCGCGCCCGCCCGCCCGCCCGCGUCGGCGGGGUCGCUGCCUUGGGGGCGGGGAGGCGUUUGCCGCCGUUUGCCGCCGUUUGCCGCCGUUUGCCGCCGUUUGCCUCUUUCCUUUCCUUUCCUGCCGGCAUGUUUGUCCCUUGCGACCGCGGCGGUGGCCCCGCCGGCUCGGACUUCGAAGGCUUCACUCUGCUCGUGCCAGCAGUGUCAGUGGGAAAUGUUGGUCAACUGGCAAUAGACCUAGUGAUUUCCACACUUGACAUGACUAAAGUUGGCUACUUCUACACUGAUUGCCUUGUGCCAAUGGUUGGGAAUAAUCCAUAUGCAACUGCAGAAGAAAACUCAACAGAGCUGAGUAUAAAUGCUGAAGUGUAUUCAUUACCUUCAAGGAAACUUGUAGUUCUGCAGAUCAGAUCACCUUUUAUAAAGAACAAGUACAGGCCAUUUUCUGAAGCACUGCUUUCUUGGGUACAAGCCAGCAAAUGUGCCAGAGUUAUUCUUCUGUCUAGCAGCCAUGCAUACCAGCGUGAUGAUGAGCAACUUCUUGGGACUUCACUACGCUACAUACUUACACCUGCCCUUGAGAAAUCAGUGGAAAGCCUUAUGCAGAGGUUAAAAUGGAAAGAAAUGGAAAAAAUAGCAGCUUACCCUGGAAUAAAUGAUACAGAGAAAGUUCUACAUAUACCUGGAGGAGGCAUCACAAAACUGUUGUUUACUGAGUGUUGUUCAAAAGGAAUCCAAAUGGCAGUUCUUCUAAAGUUCUGCUCUGAAGGGGACAAUAUCCCUGAUGCAUUUGCUCUUGUUAACUAUCUUAAUGAAUGGCUCCAGCUAAUUAAAACUGAAAGCAGUGAUUCUACAGCUACUUCUUCACAAUGGAGGAUACCAAGUUCUUGGCGGUUACUUUUUGGCAGUGGUCUUCCACCUGCACUCUUCUGAUAAGUUUUGGAUUUUUUCUCUGAGUCACCUAUAUGCAAGUAAAAUCCCCUGAGAAGAUGAUUGCCUAGUAAUUGCACAGUGUUGCUGCAGCAACAGCAGCUUAAUUUGUUGUGUACAUAAAUAUUCCUUAUUUAAGAAGAAAAUUCCUUUUGCUUAUGUGGCUAGCUAAAGAAAUUAAGCUAACUUUCACUUACUGACCAAAGAAAUAUAUUUUGUACAACUUGUUUAUGGGAAUUCUGCUUUUUUUUAAUAAAAGUAUUUGGGGUGAGAAACAUUUUUCUUUGGUUAAUUGUUACUGCCAUGGAAAAGAUUGCAAUAGCCUUUUUUGAUAACAGCUGAGAACUUGAGAUUGAUGUGCAGUUAUAAAUAUUUUUAUGAAGAUGAAACCUUAUUCUUCCAUGUCAGCUUUGGAUUGCCUUACAUCACCAAGAAGGCUUUGGAAAAAAAGGCUAAGUUAAGCUCAGAAGUAAUUUUGUUCUUUCUUUUCCUGACAGCUGCUGUGGUAGAUUCAACUGGAAGACUUUAAAAAAAAAAAAAAAACUAAACAAAAAAAACCCCCAAAACAACAAAAAAAACACUACAAGACUACAGUUUGCUUUGCACUUGGAGAAUGGAUAGGUGGAGCAAAUGCUUCAACUAAUUGUACACUGAAAUACUUCCAAAUAGCCUUAAAAUGUAGACAGUCUCAAGUUAAAUGCAGUACUUGUGUAGGUCACAAACCUAGGUAGGUGCAGAAUAAUGUUAGUGUGAACUAAUUACUGCUGGCAUUAGGAGACCUGGAAAAGCUUUGUGUUUGCUUAAUGACAUCUGCAGGGUCGUUUUUUCUUUUUUUAAAGGUUUGAAUUGUAUAACACUGAUGCUUCUUAAUGCCAAAUGCUGGCUAGAAAUGUAAACUAAUCCUUUGUUCGUGACUAGCUUCUACGGUACCUACAGCGUGCAGAUACUGUGUUUCAAGGUAUAAAAAAAUGUUCUGCCCCCUCCAAGCCAUGAAUUGAUGUGACUGAAUGGAAAGAAACUUCUCUGAGGCAACUGACAAAGAAGCAACUAGUGUAGAACAGGCAUUCAACCAAAAGAUGGACCAAGUAACAUGAUUAAAAGAAUCAGCAUUA